UCUCUGUUCUGACCCUGGUCAGAAUCACUUUAUUCCUAAGAGUGACAGGAAAACCAUCAGGACCAGGACCGUGACCAGGACCGGGAGUGCGACCACAGGACCAGUCAUCUUUGGACGAGCCUCCAGCUCUUAUAACCCUGCAGGACGAGAUUCCUGUCAUCAGCUGGUCCAGCUCUUUGGGAGGGCCAUCACGACCCCUCAGGUCUCACCAGGACAGCCAGGACCUCCGGGACCCUCUCUGACCCCAGAACCAUGUCACCAGGUUCCCAGCAGGUCCCACUCAGGAGGAAGAGGACAAAGAGAGAAUGGAGACCGCUGGAGGACCGGAGCUGCACGGACCUGCCCUGGUUCCUGCUCUUCACCGUCUUCUGCGUCGGCAUGGGGUUUAUCUGCGGCUUCACCAUCGUCACCGGCGGCGCUGCGCGGCUACUGUUCGGAUAUGACAGCUAUGGGAACACGUGCGGUCGGCGCAACGAGCCACUAGAGGGCGUGAGACUCAGCGGCCUGGACCACACGGACAGGAGGUUUGUCUUCUUCUUGGAUCCCUGCAACAUCGACAUCGUCCAGAGGAAGAUCAAGUCUCUGGCUCUGUGCGUUUCCUUGUGUCCACCCGAAGAGUUGCAGACCUACCAGGACCUGAAGAGGUUCGCCAUGGUCAACGGGUCGGAGUUGUGCUCCUAUGACUUGGCGGGUCACAAGUACCCAGGUCUUCCAGAAAGAUUCGCCAAGUGCCCUAAACUUCCUGUUCCUCCGAGUAAGCCGCUGCCACUCUUCAACCGUUGCACGCCACUGGACGUCUCCUGUUACGCUAAGUUUGCGGAGGCCGUGGUGACGUUUGUCAGCGACAACAGUGUUCUGCAUCGCCUGAUCGCUGGAGUGGCAGCCAGCAAGGAGGUCAUCGUGGGACUGUGUGUCCUGGCCCUGAUCCUGUCCAUGACUCUCAUGAUGAUCAUCCGCUACAUCUCGGCCGUCCUGGUCUGGAUCCUGACGGCGCUGGUGGUGCUCGGCUCCCUGGCCGGCACCAGCGUGCUGUGGUGGCUCUACAUCGAUCACCGCCUCUAUGGCAACGAGACCAAACUGACCAGAGAGGAGACUGCAAAGGAGGCAGAGCUUAGUGGAGACAGCGGCCAGGCACUGCUGGUGUACGCCGCUGCUGCCACUGUCUUCACUGUGGUGCUGCUGCUGCUGAUGUCAUUCAUGAGGAAGCGCGUUGCCCUGACCAUCGCUCUGUUCCACGUGGCUGGGAAGGUGUUCAUCCACCUGCCGCUGCUCACCCUGCAGCCCUUCCUCACAUUCCUGGCUCUGUUACUCUUCUGGCUCUAUUGGGUCCUGGUGCUGCUCUUCCUGGGCACCAGCGGGAACCCGGUCCAGAACGAAGAGACAGGUCUGACUGAGUUCCGGCUGACAGGUUCACUGCAGUACCUGACCUGGUACCAUGCAGUCGGCCUGGUUUGGAUCAGCGAGUUCAUCCUGGCCUGCCAGCAAAUGAUCGUCGCAGGUGCUGUGGUGACGUACUACUUCACCAGGGACAAGAACCGUCUCCCAGUGACCCCCAUCCUGUCCUCUGUGCUGCGGUUGGUCCGGUACCACCUGGGAACUGUGGCUAAAGGAUCCUUCAUCAUCACGCUGGUCAAAGUCCCCCGACUGAUCCUGAUCUACAUGCACAACCAACUGAAGGGGAAGGAGAACUCUUGCGCUCGCUGUCUGCUGAAGAGCUGCAUCUGCUGCCUUUGGUGCCUCGAGAGGUUCCUCAACUAUCUCAACCAGAAUGCCUAUGCUGCGACAGCCAUCAACAGCAGCAGCUUCUGUACGUCUGCGCGAGACGCCUUUGUCCUGCUGGUUGAGAACGCUCUGAGGGUGGCCACCAUCAACGCUGUCGGAGACUUCGUGCUCUUCCUGGGGAAGAUCCUCAUCGUCACGACCACCGCCUUCGCUGGUGUCCUGCUCCUGAAUUACCAGCGUGACCUGGCUGAGUGGCUGCUGCCGCUGAUCAUCGUGUGUCUCUUCUCCUUCCUGGUGUCCCACUGCUUCCUGUCCGUCUUUGAGAUUGUGGUGGACGUCCUCUUCCUGUGCUUUGCUGUCGACACGAAGUACAAUGAUGGCACGCCUGGCCGCGAGUUCUUCAUGGACAAGGCACUCAUGGAGUUUGUGGAGAGCAGCCGGCGAUUUGGGCGAGUGGAACGAGGGAGGAGUCGGGUGAAAGAGUCUGUGUCCGAGGGCGCUGAGAUGAAGCCGAUGGUGAGUGACGGGGGAGGCGGGGGUGGUGGCACGGAGGGGCAGAGCAGGCCGUCAGGCGAGGCUGGAGGCGGAGAGUGGGAGGAGCUUCAGGAGUUCCAGGUGUACUACCUGCUGGUGGGCAUGUUCGUGGACUGGGUGCUGACAGAACCCAGCGCUUUCGUGCUUUGCUUCACCGAGGACUUUGUCCUCUUCCUGUGCAUCUACCUGCCCACCUCCACCCUCUUCCUGUUCGUCAGCCUGCUGCACUCACCGUGCCAACCAACCCCCUGUGCUGCCAAACCCGCCGCCGUCGACGCCGCCCGCAGGACACUCACAGAACAUUGCUAGCAUGCAUGCCAACAGAUGUGUGCUAACCAAGGCAUGCUAAUGGAGGUGUCCUAACCAAGGCAUGCUAAUCGACAUGUGCUAACCAAGGCUUGCUAAUGGAUGUGCGCUAACCAAGGCAUGCUGAUGGACGAGUGCUAACUAAAGCAUGCUAAUGGACGUGUGCUAACCAAGGCAGGCUAACUUGAACUGAUGUUAACCGACGUGUGCCAAUGAAAGCAUGCCAACUGAUCUUUGCUCACAAAGUCAUGCUAAAAGGAUGUAUGCUAGUGAGUGGAUGCUCACAUGUGCCAAGCAAUUCAUGCUAACAGAUGGUGCCAAGCGAUCAUCAUCGUCACCUUCAUCGUCGAUGUUGCCUCUUUUUUCAUCCAUGUGUUUUCCAUCUUUGUAUAUCACCGCGGCGCUUCAGCGCCUUGUGACGUUUGCAUGUCCAAACUAAUAAAGUUUUUAUACAAACUAAUGCUGUCAAUCGAUUAAAAACAUGAAUUGCAAAAUUAAAAUGAUUGUUUGUGAGUCCAUAACAAGACUGGUUUCAGGAGAAAGAUUAUCGUUUUGUUUUGAACUGUGAUUCCAGGCAAACAAAUGCCUCUAUUUACUUGUGUAAAAUGAAUGGCAUCGCCAGUUGACUAAGCGUGUUGUGGUGACUGUCACCAGCACGAGCAAUAAAAGUCACCUCACAUCCAUAGGGAAUCUCUUUGUAUCUUUCUCACAGUUGUGGAAUGUUUAAAAUAACAUCCCACAUCAAAGUGUAAACCGCAACAAAAUAAUGUGCAGUUAUACAUUUCAAAAUGAUAUUGACAGAUUGUUAGAAAAUAGAGCAUUCAUUUGAGAGGAACAAAUAUAUCAACGGCAAAUCUGUUUUUUAAAUGGAAGACUGCAAAUGAAGACCUCAAACUGAAGGACAGCAUCAGCAAACACAUGAUAAGUUUGGCUCUUUGGCUCAUCCUUUUGUCUUUCACUCCAGUUUACCUCCAUAUUCUGGCAGCUUUUUAAUGACUUUGUCUUUCAGCGACCGUGGCUGACAGAGCUAGAUAACCAUCUGCAUGUGGUAACAUGACUCAUCAAACAUGCAUGUUUUCUCUUUUUUUGCAUCACUUAUGCAGCCAAACGUUUCUUUCCUUUCACUUUUUUCAAACAAAGUUUUGGUGUGUGUGUGUGUAACCUAGUGAUGAGACUCCUUUCCAUUCCCAGGCUCCGGGAACGAGCUCGGUCUGAGCCACAGCACAGCGACUCUUUGAGGAUAAGAGACAUUCCACAAGUCCAUUUUCACGUGUGACAUGUUUACGACGGUUCGACUCCAGGGAAACUUUUAAUACGAACUGUAAAACGUAACAAACAAGCACUUUAUACAGAAGCGCUGCAAAUGUUUUUAUAGUGAUGUCGUUUUCUAAAGCACUAACCCUGGCCCUGCCCUGUUUUCACCCCUCUGCUGUGGCGGACGUGACCUGUUGUUGUAGAGACGACUUCCAGUGUGCAGAGCUACGGACGCCUGGCUUCACUGUGUAAAAUCUCCAGGCUGAGUAGGUGGAGCUUCCUGUGGAGGCGGCAGCUGAUUGGUUGGCAAUAAAAAGACACACACGUGGCGAGGUCAGCCGUCAUGAGUCUUCACGCUUCCACGGCUCUCCGGCGACGAGCGGCGGCCAAACACUGAUGGACUCAGAUCCACGACGACGUGCUCCGGAUCCCAGUUCGAGACUUCUGACUGUUUGUCGCUUUGUUGCCAGGCAACCAUACGUUUCCCAGCAUCCAUGGCAGAUGUGGCCACAGAGACCAAUGUAUGAACUUGGAUCUCCCAAAGGUCCCGCUACAGAUUGGUCACUAUCACGCCUGGGCUGUAUUACCAUGGCAACGUUGGAUCACAUGACACAAGGAUAAAACCUGGCGAUUAACGUCUAAUGAGUGCGACACAAGUUAACACUAACGGACCGGUUCCACGUUUUAAAAAGUCGGUUAACUUGAGAACUAAACCACCUUUCGUUUUGUCUCUGAAUCAGAAGCAGAACUGUCGGACCUUUUUUCAUGAGCCAGAAGGCAUCUGGACUGUCGUCGACACACGAGUUUACGAUAAAACUUGUAACUUGUUUCCUUCUUUCCUUCAGUUCCAGGUUUGUUUUUAUAUUUAUCAUUUCUUACGUCGACUGUUUUGUAGGAAAACAAUAAAGAAAACUUGAAACGUGUGCGCCUCCAGAAU